ACUCAUAUCCUCAGAAGACACGUCCCUCAUCAAUGUCCAUAUUUUAAACAAAAACCUAUCCAGCUUCAGCAAUUAAAUAGAAACAGUGUGUGUCUAAUUUAGCUCCCCAGUAGCACUAAUUUACACUGAUGUACUGCCACCGUCAUUCUCACUGCAGGUUUGUUCUGAUGAGCUUUGUAUGAGUAGCAAGUAGCACUCAGACAGCUGUAUUUGCCUGACCGGAAGACACAAGUUUUCACUGAGUUCUCAGAGAGGUCUCCACAGUGUUGUUUUAGAGCUAGUGUAAUUGUUGUGCUAGCUAUUUCGGUGCUGUCUCAAUAGCAGGAAAGAUAACAAGUGUAAGAUAAACUCCUAUGAAAAUAACCUGAAGUAAAACUACAGGAAUUUCUAUAGGAUUCCUACCGGAAUGGGACUACAGGAAUAUUCACAGUAUUAUAGCAUACUAUAGUAUCAUAUAGCACUAUAAAAGUUUUCAAGCCAAAUAUCGAAGUUUAGAACAGUCGUACUUAUCGAAUGGUACGGUCAGUCAAUCCAUUUAGGGAUGUUUUUGUUAAAACUGUUGCACAAGCCGUCUGUGUGGGAGGGUUGGCUGAUGCCACCCAGGCCUGCUCUGGCACACUCGGAGUGAGCAUGUGCACGGAGCCUUCUGUACAGUUGUCACUUUUGCCUAAAGGAACUGUCUGCCCACCCACAGAGCGUAUUGAUUUUUUGGACUUGAACUUGGGUGCCAAGGGGCUUGGAGAGCGAGAGAGCAAGUGAGAGACAGCACAAGAGAGAGAGGAACCAUGCUCGGCCUGGUUCGACUGACUUCUGGACAGGUGCUGGCUGUAGCAGGUGGAAUUAUUAAGGUUGACGUUUCAUUGGCUAGGCUUUCUGGGACAGUUUCAUGAGAAGCGUGUCAGCUCAGGGCUUCGUUUUUUUCCCUUUUCGCUUCAACAACAUUUGGAAAACAACACAGCUGAGAGACACUGCUAUGUUGAAGUGAGUUAGAUAUGACUGAUGUGGAGGCGACGUAUGAAGACUUCAUAGCCUCUGGAAGGACAGGCAGGAGGAAUGCAGUGCAUGACAUUCUGGGGGACUCCGGUGGGCUGGAUACGAGUCAGCUCUCCCAGACUCUCUCUGAGCUCAACAUCAACAAAGCAGAUGAGGGGAAUGUUGGCGAGAAAAGCCAAGGUUCCUCAGACUCCCAUCCCAAACCAGAGGAAAGUAAAGGGGACGGAACAUAGCAGACUCCUGUAAAAGGAGGAGGAAAGGUGGAAACAUCCCAUCAGUUCCGUCUAGUGGCUGAUCCGAGGACUGAGCAUGGAAGAGCUGGAGUUCACACAGCGGAGGUCUCGCAAUCUGCUGGACUGUUCUCUAAGCAGCUUGGCCUUAAAGGUGCAGCUCCUACACCCUGCUGUACAGGGCUGGGCCAGCAGCUUCAGUAAUGGAUGAGGCUUAAUGCUGUAGCGUUGCUGCGGAUGUGAGCAGUGACCUUGUCAGUCACCUCAAUACCAUAGCUGAUGUAGAAAUCACCUUCCCCUAGCUGAUCACCGUAGCUGUUAGCUAUUCAUCUGGAGCUAAACCUGUGAGACCUCCAGCCAGGGCUGGAUACAGGCAGCUGGAGACGUAGGACUUUUAGGGCUGCUGUGCUUUUGAUGGCGGAAAACUUUGACUUUCCAAAGAAAACAGAAGAAAGACAGACAUCGGUCAUCUUUUGAGUCUGGACAGAAGCAUUUAAUUUUGGAUCAACUGCCAAAGUAGCCAUGCUAAAAUACUGGUCUCCGAGUGGUUUUUAUAUAUAUGCGGUGUUGUCGUUGUAAUACAUAUGAAUAAUUUAUUGAGUUGCGAUUUGAGUUUGUUUGGUUUUCUUCGAUGACUGCAGCAGGUGUGGUUUUCCCUUCUUUUGUUAUUACUAAAUACACACAAGAAUUGAAUCUUCACGUAACACAGAUGUUGCACUCUGAAUGUUGGCAAGUGUCAUCAGAACCGAGAAAUUUUAAAAGAAGCCGUCUACAAAGAUCAUGCAUGACACAAUGAUAUAUUCAUAAUAUACUGCGAGAAUAUAUGUAUAAAAGGUGUUCACAUCAUGCAGCCGUGUAACAGUGAGCUAAACGUUUACAGUAUGUUGUGAUUUCUUGAUUGUGUGAUUUUUUUUUUUUCUAUUAAGAAAAAGGAAAAAAAACUUUUAAAUUUGAAAAAUUCUCCUGUUCAGCACUGCCUAGUUUCCUGCGAUUGUGCGCAAAACGGCCAGUUUUUUAAAGCGCUCGCGUACACUUUUCAUAUUUAUGUCUUCCGUAUUUGUUAAAUUGCUUGAUUGUCACAGAUUUGGUAAUAAACAAUAAGGGAUGAUUACUGUCAUCAUUAA